GAUGCCUAAUUUGGAGGUCUGGGCGGGGAGGGAGCUGGCAAGGAAGUCAAGUGGGAGUCUUCUCCGGUCGCUCUCUUUCGCUCCCUUCUCUGUGUGUGUGAGAGGCUCUCCGCCGCUGGAUGUUUGCGUGAGACACUACAGCUGAGCACACGAGAUUUGUCUACGAGCGAGGCGACCAAGCGUCAACAUGGCAAUCGUCCUGCACUCUACCCCGCUCCUGUGGACGCGUCUGGCAGCGCUGAUCUUCUCCUGCGUGGCCUUCUCGGUGGCGGUCCACGGCGGGCGUCUGUACCAUGGCACGGGCGACUGGUGCAUCUUCUGCUGGGCCUUCAGCUUCGCCGGCACCGUUCUGGUGCUCCUGGUGGAGCUGUUCGGCCUGCAGACCAGAGCGCCCGUCUCCUGGAAGAACUUCCCCAUCACGUUCGCCUGCUACGCCGCCCUGCUGUGCCUGUCGGCGUCUAUCAUCUUCCCCCUGUACUACCUGAAGGGCUCCAUGGGGCCCAGCGAGGUGCGCGACUACCGCAUCGUUUCCACCGUCUUCUCCUGCCUGGCCACCAUCGCCUACAUGAGCGAGGUGAGCAUCAGUAAGGCGAGGCCGGGCGAGGUGGCCGGCUACAUGGCCACCGCCCCGGGCCUGCUCAAGGUGUGCGAGACCUUCGUGGCGUGUAUCAUCUUCGUGUUCAUCAGCGACCCGGUGGUGUACGACCGCCACGACGCCCUCAAGUACUGCAUGUCCGUCUACUGCAUCUGCUUCAUCCUGUCCGCCGCCAUCAUCGUCCUGUGCGUGGGCGAGUGCACCGGCUGCCUGCCGUUCCCCUUUGCUCGCUUCCUGUCCGGCUACGCCCUGCUGGCCGUGGUGCUCUACCUGUCGGCCACAAUCGUCUGGCCCAUCUUCAACUUCGACCCCAAGCACGGCGGCAGCAAGCAGCGGCCGCCCAACUGCAGCAUCACGCAGGGGUUGUGCGUGUGGGACAAGCUGAUGGCGGUGGCCGUGCUCACGGCUGUCAACUUCGUCCUCUACCUGGCUGACCUCAUCUACUCUGCCCGCUUGGUGUUCGUCAGCGUUUGAGAUUCCGGCAAAGUGAAAUUUGGCGGCUUGCGGGUCGGGAAUCUUAACUCGACUCCGAAUUGUCUUCAAAAAUGCAUGUAUAACGGAACUUCCAAGGCGGAACAGUACAAAUUUCAGCGUUCAGAAGAAAUUUUCAUGAAACAUAGGGCACUUGACUUGCAAGAUUAAUUGGUUCCUUGACCACGCUUGCAAGUCAAAACGUUUGUAUCUCAAAUCAUCUUUCCCCAUUCAAAUGAAGAGAAUGCCAUUAAUGCGUUCCAAUCCCACAUUGUGCUCUUCCGGGUAUGUGUGACUUGGCCACUAGGGGCAGUAAAAUACAGCCAUACAGACCAAAAACGAAGAAGAGUUUCACAACUAAGUGACUCAGCAAGGUGCACUCAUACAAUAUGGAGUUCAAAUGUAAUUUUCAGGAAAUAUUUGCCUCAAAAUGCGCAACGUCAGAAAGUAUAGUGGAUUUGUUGUUUUCUCUGCCGUUUCUAUGUUGUUGUAUUUUUACGUUAAAAAAGGGUAAAGACGAAACACGUAAUGAUUGAAAAAAAGUGCUUCGUCAGCAAAUUAAGUGAGACUUUAGCCUAGUGAUUAUCCAAAACAAAAACCUCACAAGUGCCUUAUUAUUAUUAUCAUUAUUAUUAUUUUUUUUUUUACUACAGAUGGUUACCAGUGAUGCCAAAGAGGAAAAACGUAAUGAUAACCAUAUAACAGGAAAUGGGGAGGGGGAAAAAAAAUGUUUACAUCCAAAGAAACAAUCACCGUUUGCUAGCUUUGUGAUUUCAGCAUAGGAGGUUACCAUGGCAAAGAGAGGAGAAAUGUCGCGAUAAGUGUAGAACAGGAAAUGAAAUAUGUACUGGUAAAUUGGACAAAAUGUAGUAUGCGGACCCAUUUGAGGCCGUCAAAUUCUUAGAUAAUUGUGAUAAUAAGCAUGUGGCUUUUUGCACUUAAAACUGCGACGUAAAAUGUCCCCUUUCAGAGGUUCCGCUGUAAUGUCAUGAAAGACUCCACAAGCCUGCCAAAUUUGAUUUCGCUUAUCGUCUGACUAAUGAGGUUGUUGUGGGCGGGGUCUUUGGGGUUGGGGGGGGGGGGGCGGGCGGGCGGGCGGAUAUAUGGUUCUAUGUUUCCAUGUCCGCUUUGUGUCCAUGUGUUGAAGGACCCAAAAGAGUGUGAAGCAGAGCAUGCAUAUGAAGUUCAAAAACACAAAUAAAACCGUCAUUCCUUUAGUCCACAUUGACAUAAGCUGGAGAGGAUGUGCAUGUAAACAGUAGAGUAUUGAUAUUAUUUCCUAGCAUUAUGAACGUCACUAAUCAGCAGAAAAUUAAAAAUGUUUUGUUUUUGUUUUACUUGAAGCGAUGCAUCACUAAAAUGAACAAGCGACUUGAUGUUUAAUGAUUUCUAUUGUACAGGGGGGGGAACACAUACUUGCAAGUUACGAUAUAUAUAUGCGGAAUUUGUGUGGAUUUAACAAAAGUAGACACAUAUGUAUAUGUACACUGUAUAUGUGCACAACAUAUCUUCGUACACACUUAAAUGCUAUUUGUCACGUCGUCAAAGGCUCUGUUGGUUUUGGAAGGCUAUUUUUUUUAAACUAAUACUUUUUGUAUUCUGCCAUUUUUGUGUUUUGCAGCGUGCCCACCGCAUCAUUGCAAGACAAUGUAACCUUUUUUUUUUUUUUUUUUUUUUGCAUUUCAAUAAAGAAAACACGUAUUUAAACACA